AUGGUUGAACCCAUUCAGGACCUGAUCGAUAGAGCUGACUUUUGUCUUAGGUCAUGGCUGUUUGCCUCCUCGCUCGUCCUCGGUGUCGGUCUCAUUGGCGGGUUUGGUCGCAUCAUCGAGAAGUACUGCCGCGCUGCCAUUACCGCUCUCGAAUACUUUGCGCAAACCGACACCCACGCGGUUCAAUACUCGCUCAUUGCCAAGUCAUUACUCAGCACAGCACUAGAAUACCUGGAAAAGAAGGAGAUACAGGAGCGGGCACGCAGGACAGAGAGCUCGUCACAGCUGUUUGGACUCAUACCGCGAACUCCUCGGGGAAGCGAUGGCGGUCUUGACGGGCCACAAUCCAAAACAAACCCAGCUGCAGGACCGGGAGAAAGCAGCAGCAAGCCAGACAAGCCCCAUCCAUCCCAAGACGAUGCGGUGAUGCAACGCUUUGGCUUCGACUUUGAGUCUACGUUUUUUGGGAUGACAGGAACACCUGAGUUUUCUGUCUUUAGCGGCUUUGAAGAAAAUGCCGACCAAACCUUUGGGGCCCUGAACCUGUUCCCGCUUCUUGAUGGGGAUGGGCAUAUCGACUUGGCCAGCUACUUUUGA